AUGAGGCCAAAGACUUUUCCUACCACAGCUUAUUCUGGAAAUAGCAGGCAGCGACUACAGGAGAUUCGGGAAGGGUUAAAGCAACCGUCCAAAUCUUCAGCUCAGGGGUUACCCGUGGGACCAAACAAUGACCCUACCCUGGACACCAAGGUUCUCGGGGGCAAGGACUCUGCCAGGCAGCAGCAGCAGAUGAGAGCCACCCCAAAGUUUGGACCUUACCAGAAAGCUUUGCGGGAAAUCAGAUAUUCCUUGUUGCCUUUUGCUAACGAAUCGGGUACCUCUGGUGCUGCAGAAGUAAAUCGACAAAUGCUACAGGAGCUGGUGAAUGCAGGAUGUGACCAGGAGAUGGCGGUCCGAGCGCUGAAGCAGACAGGCAGCAGGAGCAUAGAGGCCGCUCUGGAAUACAUCAGUAAAAUGGGCUACUUGGACCCAAGGAACGAGCAGAUAGUGCGUGUCAUCAAGCAGACUUCCCCAGGGAAGGGCAUGAUGCCAGUCAGCAUGGCCCGGAGGCCAAGCUUUGAAGGAACGGGUGACUCCUUCCCUUCGUACCACCAGAUGAGCGGGGCAACCUAUGAAGGACCCAGCUUUGGGGCAGAGGGACCAACCAUACUGAAAGAAGUGCCACACCAGUACAUGGACUACAUGUUCUCUGGACAGAGGCCUGCUGCAGGAGCCGGCACCCACGGCCUGCCUGGUGGUCAUCAGCACCCACCCAAAGGGUACUGUGCAAACAUGGAGGCCCCAGUGCUGAGUUUCCCUGUCACUAACCAAGGGGGGCCAGCCCUGCAGCUCCCAGGCCCCCACAGCCCCAACGGCCCGCACUACGGCCGCCCACAUCUGAUGGUCCAGGGGGAGCCGCUGGUCUAUGGCCUCCAGCGCAGCCCCUCCUUCCAAAACAAGGGGCCACCAGAGGCAGCAGGAUAUGCAAACCUUCCUGCGAAGGGCCAGGCGGCCCAGCCCAAUGCCAGCCUCGGGUUUCCGACCUCAGGCUUGGUGGCCGGGCUGUACCUGCAAUACCCACACCAUAAGCAGACCAGCCCCUCCUCCCACCAGAUGCACUCAAUGGGCUCUCGAGUGCAGGUGUUUGCGGGCGACAGCCCCCCCCAGAAUCUGCUCACCCCAUCAAGGAACAGCCUGAACAUGGACUUGUAUGAGAUGAACAUGUGUAUGCCGUCCACCACUCUGUCACGCCGGGACUCUCUUCAGAAGCCCGGCCUCGAGGCACCCCCCCACCAGCAUGUGCCCUUCCGGCCCGACAGUUCUGUCCCCAGCAGAACCAGCUCCUUCAACAACCACCAGCAGCAGGUGGCGGGACCCAUCAGGGCGGGAGCCCCCAGCAAAGCCGAGCCUUCCAUGCCCUCUCCCAACACCAUCACGGCCGUCACGUCUGCCCACAUCCUGCACCCAGUGAAAAGCGUGAGGGUGCUGAGGCCCGAGCCCCAGACGGCCGUGGGGCCCUCCCACCCUGCCUGGAUGCCGGCACCCAGCCCAGCUGUGGAGGGCCUGGACCCCAAGGAUGAGCCCUCUCUGCCCUUGGGGGGCACGAGUGCAUACCCACUGGACGUGGAAUAUGGCAGCCCAGAGAUGCGCUGCCCACCCCCGCCGUACCCGAAGCACCUGUUGCUACAGAGUAAAUCGGAGCAGUACGACGUGGACAGCCUUUGUGCGGGGCUGGAGCAGGGCCUCCGAGCAGGCCAGGCUGCCGAGCCCACUGAGAGGAGUGACAAGGGCCACAAGAGCGCCAAAGGGGAGAAAGCAGGGAAGGACAAAAAGCAAAUCCAGACUUCCCCCGUUCCUGUUCGGAAAAAUAGCCGAGAUGAAGAGAAGAGAGAGUCGCGCAUCAAGAGCUACUCGCCAUAUGCCUUUAAGUUCUUCAUGGAGCAGCACAUAGAGAAUGUCAUAAAAACCUACCAGCAGAAAGUCAACCGCAGGCUGCAGCUGGAACAGGAAAUGGCCAAAGCUGGCCUCUGUGAAGCUGAGCAGGAGCAAAUGAGGAAGAUCUUAUACCAGAAAGAGUCCAACUACAACAGGCUGAAGAGGGCCAAGAUGGACAAGUCCAUGUUUGUAAAAAUCAAAACCCUGGGCAUCGGUGCCUUCGGGGAGGUGUGCCUCGCUUGUAAGGUGGACACACAUGCACUGUAUGCCAUGAAGACACUGAGGAAGAAGGACGUCCUAAAUCGGAACCAGGUGGCCCACGUCAAAGCGGAGAGGGACAUCCUAGCCGAGGCGGACAACGAGUGGGUGGUGAAGCUCUACUACUCCUUCCAGGACAAGGACAGCCUGUACUUUGUGAUGGACUACAUCCCCGGGGGGGACAUGAUGAGCCUGCUGAUCCGGAUGGAGGUCUUCCCUGAGCCACUGGCCCGCUUCUACAUCGCAGAGCUGACGCUGGCCAUCGAGAGUGUGCACAAGAUGGGCUUCAUCCACCGUGACAUCAAGCCGGACAACAUUCUCAUUGAUCUUGAUGGCCACAUCAAGCUGACAGACUUUGGCCUCUGCACAGGAUUCCGGUGGACUCACAAUUCCAAAUACUACCAGAAAGGAAACCACGUGCGGCAGGACAGCAUGGAGCCCGGCGACCUCUGGGAUGAUGUGUCUAACUGUCGCUGCGGAGACCGUCUGAAGACGCUGGAGCAGAGGGCACGGAAGCAGCACCAGAGGUGUCUGGCACACUCCCUGGUGGGGACUCCGAAUUACAUCGCCCCAGAAGUGCUCCUUCGCAAAGGAUACACUCAGCUCUGUGACUGGUGGAGCGUCGGAGUGAUUCUCUUCGAGAUGCUGGUGGGGCAGCCACCCUUCUUGGCACCUACUCCCACAGAAAUCCAACUGAAGGUGAUAAAUUGGGAGAGUACACUCCACAUCCCUGCCCAGGUCAAGCUGAGCCCUGAGGCCCGGGACCUCAUCACCAGGCUGUGCUGUGCUGCCGACAGCCGGCUGGGAAGGGCUGGGGCCGAUGAGCUCAAGGCCCACCCAUUCUUCAGUGCCAUCGACUUCUCCAGCGACAUCCGGAAGCAGCCCGCACCCUACGUGCCCAAGAUCAGCCAUCCCAUGGACACCUCCAACUUUGACCCCGUGGAUGAGGAAAGCCCAUGGGACGAGGCCAGCGAAGACAGCACCAAGGCAUGGGACACGCUCACCUCCGCCAACAGCAAACACCCUGAGCACGCCUUCUAUGAGUUCACCUUCCGAAGGUUCUUUGAUGACAAUGGCUACCCCUUCCGAUGCCCCAAACCUUCGGAAGCAGAAGCCACUCAGUCUGAGAGCACAGAUGGAGAAAACACAGGUGUUGGGGACCAGACUGAGGGCUGCCAGCCUGUGUACGUGUAG